AUGGCUAACAAUGGCGUACCGGCGACCGGAAAAGGCCUGAUCGUGAGUUUCGGCGAGAUGCUUAUCGACUUUGUGCCCACCGAAUCGGGCGUUUCGCUGGCGGAGGCUCCGGGCUUCCUCAAGGCCCCCGGUGGUGCCCCCGCCAACGUGGCGAUUGCUGUGGCCCGCCUUGGCGGGAAGGCGGCGUUCGUCGGAAAACUCGGAGACGACGAGUUCGGCCACAUGCUCGCCGGCAUCCUGAAGCAAUACGGCGUCACCGGAGAGGGCAUCCUCUUCGAUCAGGGCGCCCGCACCGCCCUGGCCUUCGUGACCCUACGCGCCGACGGCGAGCGUGAGUUCAUGUUCUACCGCAACCCUAGCGCCGAUAUGCUGCUCAAGCCCGACGAGCUCAACUUCGAGCUCAUCAAAUCCGCCAAGGUGUUCCACUAUGGAUCCAUAAGCUUGAUUGUGGAGCCAUGCAGAUCAGCCCAUCUAAAGGCAAUGGAGGUGGCCAAAGAUGCCGGUGCAUUGCUCUCCUACGACCCGAACCUGCGGCUGCCGCUGUGGCCGUCUGCGGAGGAGGCACGCAAGCAGAUCAUGAGCAUAUGGGAGAAGGCUGAUGUGAUCAAGGUUAGCGAUGUGGAGCUUGAGUUCCUCACAGGUAGCCCUAAAAUCGAUGAUGAGAAUGCAUUGACUCUGUGGAAGGACAACUUGAAGCUCCUCCUCGUCACUCUUGGUGACAACGGUUGCAGAUACUACACCAAGCAUUUCCGGGGAUCCGUGGAAGCCUUCCAUGUCAAAGCAGUGGACACUACUGGCGCUGGUGAUUCGUUUGUGGGUGCUCUCCUUGCAAAGAUUGUUGAUGACCAAUCUAUUCUUGAAGAUGAGCAGAGGUUGAGAGGGGUGCUGAAAUUUGCAAAUGCAUGUGGAGCCAUUACAACCACCAAGAAGGGAGCAAUCCCUGCCCUUCCCAGCGAGUCUGAAGCCUUCACCCUAAUCAAGGAAGCUUAG